AUGCCUUCAAGACUUCCACCAGUAAUUAUGGAUAAUGGAACUGGGUAUACAAAAUUAGGUUUUGCUGGAAAUAAUGUUCCUUCUUUUGUAUUUCCAACAGUUAUAGCUACAAGAGAUUCAGCUGGAUCUAAUACUUCAGGCACUGCAUUACCUUCGCAAUCUUCACAUUUAUCUGGAAAUAUUGCUUCAAAACGUGGUGUUGAAGAUUUGGAUUUUUAUAUUGGAAAUGAAGCAUUAGCAAAUUCAAAAACCUAUGGUUUACAUUAUCCUAUUCGUCAUGGUCAGAUUGAAAACUGGGAUCAUAUGGAAAGGUUUUGGGAACAGAAAAAUCGUGAGCAAACUGCUGAAAUAAUGUUUGAAUCUUUUAAUAUUGAAGGACUUUACAUUGCUGUACAGGCCGUAUUGGCUUUAGCUUCCAGUUGGAAAUCAAAUAAAAAUACAGAUUUUGUACUGACUGGUACAGUUAUUGAUAGUGGAGAUGGUGUUACUCAUGUGAUUCCUGUGGCUGAAAGUUAUGUAAUUGGAUCAUCUAUUAAACAUAUUCCUAUUGCUGGUCGUGAUAUUACUUACUUUGUUCAACAAUUACUUCGUGAUCGUAAUGAAACUUCAAUUCCUCCAGAAGAUUCUUUGAAAGUGGCAGAACGGAUCAAAGAACAAUUUUCUUAUGUUUGUCAAGAUAUGGUUAAAGAAUUUAAAAAAUAUGAUCAAGAAGGCGAAAAAUAUUUUCAGAAAUUUCAAGGAGUGCAUAGUGUUACUGGACAGCCAUAUGAAGUGGAUGUUGGUUAUGAACGGUUUUUAGGACCUGAGAUAUUUUUUAAUCCUGAAAUUGCUUCUUCUGAUUUCUUGACACCACUCCCAGAAGUUGUUGAUAAUGUUAUUCAAAGUUGUCCUAUUGAUACUAGACGUGGUUUAUAUAAGAAUAUUGUUUUAUCCGGUGGAUCAACAAUGUUUAAAGAUUUUGGUAGACGACUCCAACGUGAUGUGAAGCGUACUGCAGAUGCACGUUUAAAGAGAAGUGAAGAAUUAAGUGGUGGUUUGCUUAAAUCUACACCAAUAGAUGUCAAUGUAAUUUCUCAUAAAAAACAACGCUAUGCUGUGUGGUUUGGUGGCUCUUUGUUAGGUUCAACUCCAGAAUUUUAUUCAUAUUGCCAUACAAAACUUGAAUAUGAAGAAUAUGGUCCUAGCAUUUGUCGUCAUAACAGAGUCUUUG